AUGAAAUUUUCUCAAGCCAUUGUGUUGAUUGCAGUGUUUAGCGCGACUGCCAAUGCUAUAGUUGUUCCCGCCGAAGCAAGUGUAAGCACGGGAGGCCCUGAUGCAACAAGUACUGAUCAAUCGAGUGCAUCAAGCACAAGCACACCAAGUGCAACAAGUACCGGCGAAUCAGGCGCUUCUGGGUAUACUUGUUCGAAUUCAGGCGAAGGAUCGUUUUUAGGCAAGAUAGGAAGCUAUUUUGGGUAUGCUGUUGAUACGGCACGCUGUUAUGGCAAAACGUUCUGGAAACACUUCCAACUCACCUUGAAUUAUUUGGAUGCUUCUGUUGCUGCCGAAGAAGACCCAGAUGUGAAAAAGAAAAUUGAAGAACUUUCAGAAAAGUUCCGAGCUAUGCUGCUGAAAUUCAAUGAGGAUACAGCUGAAGGCCGAGAAAACAGGUUCGCAGAUGAGAUCUUUGCUUUAUCAGCAGAGUUUGAGGAAAAAGCAAAGAAUGGCGAAAAAGGUGCCAAAGAAGCACUUGCCAAUCUUAAAUUCACUCUUGAUAGUUUUAUUUCUCGUACUGAGAAUUCAGGCAAAAAAUAG